AUGGACUUUGAGGCUAUUUCCAAGUUUGUUUCACAUUCUGAUCGAGUGAAAUGCGUGGAUAUCCAUCCCGUAAAACCAUGGAUUCUAACUUCUCUUCAUACUGGAGUUGUUCAAAUUUGGAAUUAUGAAACGAAAACAUUGGUGAAGGCUAUUCAGUGCAGUGAAAAUUCUGUUCGAUCAGCCAAAUUUAUUCCUCAAAAAAACUGGAUUUCUACUGCUUCCGAUGACAGAAAGGUUCGAAUUUUCGAUAGUGAAUCGUUUAAUCUGAUUCAUGAAUUCGAAGCUCAUUCUGAUUUCAUUCGUUCAAUCGUCAUUCAUCCAACUCUACCCUAUCUUAUUUCUGCUUCUGAUGACAAAACAAUCAAAGUAUGGGAUUGGGAGAAUGAAUGGAGAUUGGAGCAACAGUUCGAUGGACACGAGCAUUAUGUGAUGCAAAUGGCAAUUAAUCCAUACGAUACGGAUGUUUUGAUCAGUGCAUCUUUGGAUAAAACUUUGAAAAUCUGGAAAUUGGGAGAGGAAAAAGAGGUCGGAAUGUUAGAAGGUCACCACAAAGGAGUCAAUUGUGUUGCUUUUCUGGGAAAAUCGAGAAUCGUAUCUGGAUCGGAUGAUAGAUCAAUACGUGUUUGGGACUAUGAAACGAAGAGUUGCAUCGAGAGCUUGGAAGGUUCUCAUCAACAUAACAUCACAUUUCUCUCAUCUUUUAAUGAUUGGAUCAUCAGCGGAUCAGAAGAUAAUUAUGUUAAAAUAUGGAAUUCAAAAUCACUGAGAUUGGGAAAGGAAUUGAACUUCGAAAUGGGAAGAGUUUGGUGUAUUGGAAUCGAGGAAUCCGGAAUUAUUUCGGUUGGAUUCGAUUCAGGAGCAGUUGUAUUGAAGAUUUAG